UGUAUAGGGCAGACCAUAUGCGCAGAGGAAGGAUAUCAAGGAUCUGGAAGAUUCUGUAUGGAGGAAUGGUCUCAGAUUCCUCCCAAUAAGUUCUUCAACUCAUAAAACAAAACAACAAAAAAUGUUCGGUGCCGAUAUCCUCACAAGGUAUGGUGAUGUUUUCAGACCUCACUGUAUUUGAAAAGAAUGACCCUUGGACCAGGCAGACACAUUCCCACACCAGACAAUGAUCAAGGAGGUUGAGUAUGGACUUUAUGAUGGUUGUGUAGAACUGAAUCAGUAUUAUCCAUGAGAGUUUGAAUUUCUUCAGCUGACAUAAGAAGUACAUCUGCUGGUGUGUCUUAUUGGUGAUCACUGUGAAGUUGUCCUCCCACUUGAGGUUGUGGGAGAUGAUGGUCCCCAGGAAUUUGAAUAUCUCUGCCGUGCUUACAGCUGAGCCAUUGAUUUCAAGGAGGAGAGAUAGUGAGGGACGCUUCCUGAAGUCAAUCUCCACCUCCAUGAAGGUGUUUGUGGAGUUCUCACCCUCAAAAGCAGUCCCAGGGGAGGAGAACACCCUGCAGCUCUCGGCCCAGCCCGGCUUCCUCUGUGGCCUCAGUGCUGUGGACAAGAGUGUUCACAUCAUGGAACCAGGGAAGAGGUUGGAUGCUGACAAGAUAUUUGAUUCGUUACCAGUCAAGGAGAGAACAUACAUUCCCUACGCGCUUCAAUACCCAGUAGCAUGUUUACGUGUAAGACCAAGAAGAUAUGUAAUGCCAUACCCAAAUGGACCAUCCGAGGAGAAAAAUCAACCUUAUGAAGUUUUUCAGAAACUGGGACUGAAGCUGGCAACUAACCUGGUUUUAAGAGUACCUUCCUGCCUCAGCUACAAGGGGCUGCAGUACCCUUUGCCCGAAGUAGGCUACUAUCCCUACCCUGUAACAAUGACCAGAUUUAACCCGGGUCCAGCGAUUCUGGGUUUAUGUCAAGCUGGACCUGGUGCAGUACCCGGUGAUGGAUUUAGUGCCGCUCCAGCUCCACCACCCAUACAGACAGUCCGUACGUUCUUCCCCGAGACAUGGAUAUGGGAUCUUGUGGAAGAGCACUGCACAGUGAGGCUAACUUCAGGGAGUCUGGAUCAGCAGACGUGCCCCUUACAGUCCCAGAUACCAUUACCAUCUGGGAGACAGAGGCAUUCUACCUGGCCCCUGGCGGCUUAUGUCUGGCUCUUCCUGUGGAGAUCACUGUCUUCCAGCCUUUCUUCCUAGAGCUCACCCUGCCCUACUCCAUCAUCCGUGGAGAGCAUUUUGAGCUGAAGGCCACUGUGUUCAACUACCUGUCCAAGUGUAUCAUGGUUUCUGUGACUCUGGCUCCUUCCUUAAACUACACUCUCACACCCCUGAAUGAUGUCCAGUAUUCAUCAUGCUUGUGUGCCCGGCCAAACUGAGCAAUUGGGGCAGAAGGCUUUGGUCAGGGAGGUGACCAAGCACCCGAUGGUCACUCUGACAGAGCUCCGGAGUUUGUCUG